UUAUAUCCCGGCGCCCGUUCCGCGAUUAGUCAAACUACUGUGCUGUUGCGUUUUGGUUAUCUAUGGGGGCCUGAAAAAGUUUAUUUUCUCGUAACUUUUAACUCGUUUUGUGAUAAGUAGUAACCGCCGCUGUUGCCGCCGCCACUGGAUCACGGUUAUUGUGAUAAAUCGAAGUGUGAUACUGGGUCACAAUGGAGGAUGCACAUGCAAAAACAGUGGAGGAAGUAUUGGGUUAUUUCAAUGCCGACCCAGAAAAGGGAUUAUCCCCUGACCAAGUUAAAAGGAAUCAAGAAAAAUAUGGACCUAAUGAACUUCCUGCGGAAGAAGGAAAAUCAAUAUGGACCUUAGUUUUAGAACAGUUUGAUGAUCUUCUAGUCAAGAUUUUAUUAUUAGCUGCAAUUAUUUCUUUUGUAUUAGCUUUAUUCGAAGAACAUGAUGGAGCGUUUACCGCUUUUGUAGAACCUUUUGUAAUUCUCCUUAUCCUUAUUGCCAAUGCCGUUGUAGGUGUAUGGCAGGAAAGAAAUGCCGAAUCUGCCAUUGAAGCUCUUAAAGAAUAUGAACCUGAAAUGGGAAAAGUUCUUCGAUCAGACAAAAACGGUGUACAAAAAAUUAGGGCUCGUGAGAUCAUCCCUGGAGAUAUUGUUGAAGUGUCAGUCGGUGACAAGAUUCCAGCUGAUAUCCGUAUUAUUAAGAUUUUUUCUACCACCCUGAGAAUUGAUCAGUCUAUUCUGACUGGCGAAUCUGUUUCUGUGAUAAAACAUACCGACGCUAUUCCGGAUCCACGUGCAGUAAACCAGGACAAGAAAAACAUCCUUUUCUCUGGUACCAACGUUGCUGCUGGUAAAGCUCGCGGUAUUGUAAUUGGAACUGGUUUGUGUACUGCUAUUGGAAAAAUCAGAACCGAAAUGUCUGAAACUGAAGAAAUCAAGACCCCUCUUCAACAAAAACUUGACGAAUUUGGCGAGCAAUUAUCCAAAGUUAUCUCUGUUAUCUGUGUAGCUGUAUGGGCUAUCAAUAUUGGUCACUUCAACGAUCCAGCUCAUGGUGGCUCUUGGAUUAAAGGCGCAGUAUACUAUUUCAAAAUAGCUGUCGCCUUGGCUGUAGCAGCUAUUCCAGAAGGUUUGCCCGCCGUAAUUACCACUUGUCUUGCUUUGGGUACUCGCCGUAUGGCCAAGAAGAAUGCUAUUGUCAGAUCUCUGCCUUCUGUAGAAACCCUCGGUUGUACCUCCGUUAUCUGCUCGGAUAAAACUGGUACACUUACCACUAACCAAAUGUCUGUUUCUCGCAUGUUCAUCUUUGACAAAGUUGAAGGUAAUGAUACCAGUGUUCACGAAUUCGAAAUAACUGGCUCCACCUACGAACCAAUUGGAGAGGUAUUCCUUAAGGGACAAAAAGUUAAAUGUUCAGAAUAUGAUGCCUUACAAGAAUUGGGUACUAUCUGUAUUAUGUGCAAUGACUCGGCUAUUGACUUCAACGAAUUCAAGCAAUGCUUCGAAAAAGUUGGUGAAGCUACAGAAACUGCUUUGAUUGUUUUGUCCGAAAAGAUGAAUCCUUUCAGCGUUACAAAAUCUGGAGAUAGACGUCAAACUGCUAUUUGCGUCAGGCAAGACAUUGAGACCAAAUGGAAGAAAGAAUUUACUUUGGAAUUCUCCCGUGAUCGUAAAUCUAUGUCCUCUUAUUGUGUACCUCUGAAACCUUCCCGUCUUGGAAACGGACCUAAAUUGUUCGUAAAAGGCGCCCCUGAAGGUGUUUUGGACAGAUGUACUCACGUUCGUGUCGGUCAACAGAAAGUACCAAUGACAAGCGCCAUCAAAAACCGCAUUUUGGAAAUCACCAGAACCUAUGGUACUGGACGUGACACUCUUCGUUGUUUGGCUCUUGCCACCGCUGACAGCCCAAUGAAACCCGAAGAAAUGGAUCUUGGCGAUUCCACCAAAUUCUUCACCUAUGAAGUCAACCUAACUUUCGUUGGUGUCGUUGGCAUGUUGGAUCCUCCACGUAAAGAAGUUUUCGAUUCUAUUGUCAGAUGUCGCGCUGCUGGUAUUCGUGUCAUUGUAAUUACUGGUGAUAACAAAGGUACUGCUGAAGCUAUUUGCAGACGUAUUGGCGUUUUUACUGAAGAUGAAGAUACUACAGGCAAAUCUUAUUCUGGUAGAGAAUUUGAUGACUUGUCUCCCGCUGAACAAAAAGCCGCUUGUGCACGAUCCCGUUUGUUCUCUCGUGUGGAACCUGCUCACAAAUCGAAAAUUGUUGAGUAUUUGCAGAGUAUGAAUGAAAUUUCCGCUAUGACUGGUGAUGGUGUAAACGACGCUCCAGCUUUGAAGAAAGCCGAAAUCGGUAUCGCCAUGGGUUCAGGCACUGCUGUAGCCAAAUCGGCUGCUGAAAUGGUACUCGCUGAUGAUAACUUCUCCUCCAUCGUAGCUGCUGUCGAGGAAGGUCGUGCUAUCUACAACAACAUGAAACAGUUUAUUCGUUAUUUGAUUUCCUCCAAUAUUGGAGAGGUCGUAUCCAUCUUCUUGACUGCCGCCCUUGGUCUUCCAGAAGCCCUUAUUCCUGUUCAACUUUUGUGGGUCAACUUGGUCACUGAUGGUUUGCCAGCCACUGCUCUUGGUUUCAAUCCACCCGAUUUGGACAUCAUGGACAAACCGCCCCGUAAAGCAGAUGAAUCCCUUAUUUCUGGCUGGUUGUUCUUUAGAUACUUGGCUAUUGGUGGGUAUGUAGGAGCUGCCACUGUAGGUGCUGCUGCAUGGUGGUUCAUGAGCUCGCCCGAAGGACCACAAAUGAGCUACUACCAAUUGACUCAUCAUUUGCAAUGCAUUGGAGGUGGCCCCGAAUUUAAAGGAAUUGACUGUAAGGUAUUCAACGAUCCCCAUCCAAUGACCAUGGCCUUAUCUGUGUUGGUAACCAUUGAAAUGCUGAACGCCAUGAACAGUUUAUCAGAAAAUCAAUCCUUGAUCGCUAUGCCUCCAUGGUGCAACAUGUGGUUGAUUGGCUCAAUGGCACUUUCUUUCACCCUUCACUUUGUUAUUCUCUACGUUGAUGUACUUUCUGCUGUAUUUCAAGUGUGUCCGUUGACAACCGAAGAAUGGAUGACGGUAAUGAAAUUCUCGAUUCCAGUAGUAUUGCUUGACGAAAGUUUGAAGUUCGUCGCGAGGAAGAUCACAGAUGUUGGUGAAGUUGUUGUAGAUAGAUGGUAAAUCAUUCUUCAAGCAUCCCGGCUCUACGCUUUUUUUCUUUCCUUUUUUUUUCUGUAUAAGAAGAAGCUUUUAUCACCUAACACUAGGAGUACCAUUUUAGUUUUCUAAAGCAAUCUAGCUGAAAUCGCCUACUUAAUACUUCAAGGAGAGAAUAUUCUUCUUCUAGUUUCUAGUGUUAUUAUUGACUCCUUCAUCCUUAAACUUUUUUUUUAAUGACCUGUGAUGGUGCGCUAGAAUCUAAAUGCUUUAAUUUUACCAGCAAUUGUACAUAUGUAUUAAGUUUAAACCAAUUUAUUUGUUAUGAUCUAUCGUUAGGUUGAUUUAAAUUAUUAGGAAACAGACCAGCCCAAACAGGUGAUGAUUUAAUUAUCGUUAUUUUUUUAAAGUAGUAGAUUGGAGAAAGGGAAGUAGCCCUUUCAAACUAUCUGACUGUUGACUAAUAUUCAUCUUCUAUUAGUUUAUCAUUUGCUUUUAAUAUUAUUAUGUAUAAAAAAGACAAUAAAAAAUCAGCUGGGAUCUGGGGAUUUUCGUAUUGUUUAAUUAUAUUUAGUAUGUUAGUAGAUGCGUGUUUAUAUACCUAUGUUUAUAUCGCGGUUUGUGCUGGUCUUGAAAUGUGAAAUAAAACAAAAGAAACAAAAUAAAAACAUUCUGCACAUUGUAAAUUUCCAUCUGUUUUGUAAACAAAAUAUAUUUAUUUAAAUAAAGUGACAGCAUUUCGACUGUCUAAGUUAAU